CGACGAAGAGCACGUUAUCCACUUUGAAACCUUAACUUUUAUUUAUUUCCAUUCAACAAUGAAGGUAGUGAACCACUUAUGAAAUGACCACUUCAUUGACUUUCGUACUUCCGUACACACCCGUCGUGACGCGGGGCCGUGCCCGAGCUCAAGAUGCUUGUGCCCCCCCACAAAGACAAAGCCAACGUCAAAACAUUGCAACGCCCCUGUUUAGGUUCCCAUAGAGAUUAUAAAUGAGUAUUUAUUAAAAAAAAAAAAAAAAAGUUAUGAUUUGCUUUGGGAAUCGAACCUCAGACUGUAAAAGUACAAGGGAGCAGGGACAUCAGAAGAUGUCACUAUGACAUCACGCAGUGGAAAAUGGACAACUAUGAAACGAUUUACAUUAUCGCCCGAUGAAACCGCCAACCAGGCAAAGGCGUUUGUAAAUUCAAUAAAGUUAAAUAAAAAAAAAAAAAAUGAAGCCGUUAUUGUGACGACGUCAUGCCACGCGAUUUGACGCGAUGCUUGUUGGGAGUUCAGGAAUUGAAAAAACGUUUUGUGGCUUCAGUGUCAAACUGGCGUCAUUAGGUGGCGCCACAGGACAGUGGCUGCGUCACGCAUUUAGCAAAGCGGAAGAAAAACAAAAAGGGGGGUUAUGUACUUCCUGAAUCUCGGCGCGCGCGUCGAAGCCUUUGCACAGUUUGUGCCAACACCGCUAAAUCCUUCUUCCGGAAUUUGCACUGAACGGACUGCAUCCUCGACACAACAUCCGUGAAAAAUAUCUUCAUAUGGAGCAGCAGGAGCCUGAGUCUCCUGACAGAAAAGAGGAAGAUGCAGAGCCGCCCCACAUUAACGUGAAGCACAAGUCUCCUAACAUCGAGGGGGAGGAAGAGGACCCUGACAUUAAAGAGGAGGAGCAGCUGCAGAACCCUCACAUCAAAAAGGAGGAGGAAGAGCCCCGAUACAUUAAAGAGGAGGAUGAUAUCACAGAGUCUCUACUGCCGAGUUACCUAUUGAAGAGUGAAGAUGAAGGUCAAUCUGAGGAGAACAGAGGGGCGGAGCCUCCAAGUCAACACGUGACAACAGACGGUGGUGGAGACCACCUUGAAGGAUCACGAGCAGGCAGCCUCUCAGCUCCGCUAUCAGAUAGUCACGACACCACGUCACACUCUCCUCACACUGAUGAAAAUGAACAGUCUGAAGGCGAUUUGAUGCGUCACGCUGACAACAAAUGCUGGAAAUGUUCUCAAUGUGGGGAAACAUUUGUCUCCAAGUCUCUUUUGGAAACACACUGGACACUACACACUGUAGAAAAACCUUUCGCAUGCUCAGAUUGUGACAAAAGGUUCUCGGCAAAAAAAGGUUUGACAUUGCACACAAGAAUGCACACUGGAGAGAAACCUUUUCAUUGCUCAGUGUGCAGUAAACGUUUUUCUUGUAGCCUCACUUUAAGCAGACACAACAGAACCCACACUGGUGAGAAGCCUUUUGCAUGCUCAGUUUGUGGCAAAAGAUUCUCUUCAAAGGAAUACGUAAAAAUACACACAAGAACGCACACAGGCGAGAAACCUUUUGCAUGCUCAGUUUGUGGGCAAAGGUUUGCUCAUAAGGUACACUUGAGAAGACACACAAGAACACACGCUGGCGAGAAACCAUUUGCCUGCUCAGACUGUGGCAAAAGAUUUUCUAGGAAGGGACACUUAAAAAUACACACAAGAACACACAGUGGUGAAAAACCUUUUGCAUGUUCAGAUUGUGGCAAAACAUUCUCUACAAAGCAAUACAUAAAUGUACACACACGAACACACACUGGUGAGAAACCUUUUGCCUGCACAGUUUGCGGGCAAAGUUUUGCUUAUAAGGGAAGUUUAAGUUCACACACAAGAACCCACACUGGCGAGAAAACUUUUGUUUGCUCACUGUGCGGUCAAUGUUUUUCUUGUAGACGUGCUUUAAGCAGACACACAAGAUCCCACCCUGGUGAGAAAACCAUUGAUAGCAGAAACACAAGAACCCACACUGGUGAGAAACGUUUUAACUGCUCAGUGUGCGGUAAACGUUUAUCUUGUAGCCUCACUUUAAGUAGACACACAAGAAUCCACACUGGUGAGAAACCUUAUGUUUGUUCGGUGUGUGGCCAAAGAUUCUCUUCAAAAUCAUGUUUACAAACACACACAAGAACACACACUGGAGAGAAGCCUUUUGCCUGUUUAGUUUGUGGUAAAAGAUUCUAUCAGAAACCACACUUAAUAUCACACACAAGAACCCACACCGGAGAGAAACCUUUUCCCUGCUCAGUGUGCGGUCGAAGAUUCUCUGCGAAGAUAAGCUUAAAUAGACACACAAGAACACACACUGGUGAGAAACCUUUUGCCUGCUUAGUAUGCGGUCAAAGAUUCUCUGAGAGGGGAAGCUUAAAAGCACAUACAAGAACGCACACUGGCGAGAAACCCUUUGCCUGCUCAGUUUGUGGUCAAUGUUUCUCUGUUAAGGGACACUUAAGAGCACACGCAAGAACACACACUGGUGAGAAACCUUUUGCAUGCUCAGUUUGUGGUAAAAGAUUCUCUCGUAAGGAGCAGAUUAAGAGACACAAGUGUGCUGGUGAGAAUAGCAGCGAUCAUUGAAGCUUUAAAUUAAAAUUGUAGAAGUUUCAUACUGAUGGCAAUUACUCUGACACUUAUUUUUAAAAAUCUAUACUCUUAUGUUGUUGCCUUCUGUAGAAACGUGUUGGGAAUUAGCACUCAGGUUAAACCAACGUUUUUGCGAUGUCCGUGUCAAUGACUGUAAAUGAAUGUUUGAUUGAAAUAGACUGUGAAGAAACUUUGACUCUUUGUGGUAAGAUGGAAAAGUGUUCAAGUGAUCCUGAAUAAAAUACAAUUGUUCAAACAGUGAUAAUAACUCAACUAACUUGUAUCGUAAAUAGAUUUAAGCCAUUCAAAUGUCAUGAUUCAGCCUCGCCCCUAAACACCGCAUUUGUUGUUUCGUGUUCUUAAAGUCCAUGUAAAGUGAAAAUAAGUGUGUCUUCAAAAUUUCUCACAGCACAUAGAAUAAUACUGUUAACAACUCUGCUAAAUAUGAAUUUUAUUCAAGCAAUUGAGAACAGAUUCUGCUUUGCAAUGCCGACCUGGCUGCAGACAGUAGAGAAAAAUGACACAAGGUUAAGCUAAAAUUGUGGAAAAUCAAACCGUUGUCUCCGUUCUCAAAUGUGUGAAAACAGUCCCUGCUCAACCAUCACCUGUCAAUCAAAUGCCACUUCUACGACCAAAGUAAAUGGAUGCUACAUCGUCCACCAUUUUUUAAAAUAUCUACACUUAACUACAUGUUUGAGCCAUGAAAAUAUAUUCACUUAAAGCAUCAGCUGGCUGACUGGAAUAUGUCCCACAGGGUCAUUGAGGUGUUUUCCCAUGUCGCGACAACGAGGCGCUCUAAAGCAGCCGUCAAAGCGGUAGAGCACCUUUUUUGCUUCAUUUCUUUUUCUCUUCAGAAUUUUGGCUUUCGCCACAAGAAAAAAAAUGGACUAAGUGACAGAUUGUAACUGUUGGGCCACUGUUAAAUAAAGGUAGCGCUGCACUUGACUGAUUUUGGCUCGUGGGCAACCUCCACCCGCUCCUCCCACCGGACGCUCGACUGACCUCGUGAAUAUUUUUGAAGAAGCAGUAGUAAAUAAUAUCAAUUCAGUCUAUAGCAGUUUUGGAGUUAAGAUAGCAGCGAAUGUUAUUUACCAGUUUUGGAUAAUGCACUUAAUAUACUGUAAAUAAAAGAUAAGUAUGUCAUUGUUUGUUGCUCCCCAACCUGCCUGAGCAGGACUUUCUAAUUUAUUAUUAUUUUUUAUUUUGUUUUGAGCGAUGGGGCUAUUAUUGUAGCAAAUGCAUAUUACAAUCAACAAAUAUGUGUGUUUUUAAAAAAAAAAAUCUAUCUCUAACCAGUCACGAAUGCGUAACUAAGCAGCCAUAACCCCGAUACUGAAAUAAAACCAGGUUCAGAUUCCAAUAAUUUGAAAAAGCUUUGUACCAUCGCCAACCUCCCACUUUCUCUCCAGAAUGUUAGAAAAGAUCAUCACGUCCCUGUUCCACUCCCAGCUCCACUUCCAAAAAGAAAAACAAAGAAACUGGCUUAGUUGGAAAACGUGUCGAAAAGAAAUGAUGUACCUGAUUUAAGAGUUCCCCAUCCCACAUAAUGAGCAGUUACACGAACACACCCAAACAAUGACAUAGUUCCCCUACA